AUGGCAUACACUUCAUACUUUGAAGCACUGGAAGAAUGUCAGCUAAGUUCCUUGGAGUAUCGCAGACUCUAUAAGGAUUUGGCCUACACGUAUAAAAUUAUUGUUUCCAAAGAAAUUAUCAUGGAGGUUCCAAUUUUUGAAAUAUUUAAUCAUGCUGGAUCAUUGCGACGUCACAAAUACUAUCUCAAAUCACUCAUCAAGAACUCAACAAAAAUAUCUUCUCAAUUUCUCUCUAAUAGAGUAAUCAGAUGUUGGAACUCUUUACCCGCCAAAGUGUUUCCGGUGAAGCCCUCGUCAGCGGCUUUCAAAAAUCGACUAUUGACCAGACGGAAGACGGAAGCCAGAAGACGGAACGAAAAAACCACGGAAGACGGAAAACGGAAGACGGAAGACGGAAUUCCGCUCAACACUGGUAGAGAGAGAGAGAAAAAUAUUUCAGAUUUUCAAAUUUCGAUUUUUUUUCUAAAGUUAUUUCUUAAAAAUUUUCAGUAUGUUGGGUAUCUGGCACCAACAUCUGAAAAUAGCAUUUCACCUAAAUAUUUACCAGAUUUUUUACCAAAUCCUAGGGGAUUUUUUUCGUCGAACAACCUAACAACCCGAAAAUCUCUCUCUCUUUCUCUCUCUCUCUCUCUCUCUCUCUCUCUCUCUCUCUCUCUCUCUCCCCAAAACACAGAAAAAGUCGUAAAGCACGUGGUUGUUAGUUUCUUUCCUAAUCACUGA